UGCUGUUGUUGUGUGACUAUCUAUUGUUAUAUCAAUUGAUUUCGUUGGUUUCUUUGUAACUGUUUGUAACAAAGCAAUAAAUAUAAAUUAAAAAAUAUAUAUUUAUUAUUAAUAAAAAAAAUAAAAUAUGGCUGCAAGUACAAAUAAUCAAUCAGUUUACAAAAGUGUAAUUGAUUCAUUUGCUACUGCUGCAGCAAACCGUGAUUCAGUUAAAAUUGUCAGUCUUUGUGGCAUUAUUCGUAAAAUUACCAAAGGUUCAGAUAAAAUAAAAUAUGAAUUCGAGGACGAAACAGGUACAAUAUCUGCUGUAAAUUGGUUUUACCAGAAGGUAAUAAUCAAAGAUAAUAUUGAAAUUAAUAAAUAUUAUAACAUAAUUGGGUAUCCUGUUGAAGCACUUAAUUGGCGAUACCUACAUGUAUUAAAUAUUGAAGUUGCUGAUAAAAUUACCGAUGUUUUUCCACAUAUUUUAAAAGAAAAGAAGAUGAUUUUAGCCAAGAAGAAAUAUUAUCUAAAAAAGUGGAGAUAUGACCAACUUGAUCCUGAUACAAUUAUCGACGUAUGGUGUAGGGUAGUAAUUACAAGACACCAAUCAAUGGUCUUGGAUGUCGUACGUGCUGCAACUGCAAAUGAUGAUGACAUUCAUAUAAAAGAUGUAUUGACUAAAUUACCUAAAUAUUUUACAAUUAAAGAAGUUGACCAAAUUCUUGAAGUAUUAAUGAGUAAGGGAUGUGUUUAUCAAUCUUACAGUGAUGAGCACUUUAGAGCAAACUAAAUCUACAAAAUAACUUCAU